UAACGAAGAUAUUUAGUUCUACUCAGACUAAAUCAGAGAACGGAACAGUUAACAUGGCUUCAAGUAUUCAGUAUCAGAAAGGAGAGAGGCCGGAGCUGGCAAAACAUGACAGUUCGGUCCUGGACCUGGCGUUUGCUAUGGACUGCACAGGUAGCAUGUCCUCUUACAUAAACAGUGCUAGAGACAACAUUAGGACAAUAGUGGAAGAGAUCGUAGCAGGCGAGAAGAGCGAUGUUCGUCUGGCCCUGGUGGAAUACCGAGAUCACCCUCCACAAGACUCCACAUUCGUCACAAGAGUCCAUGAUUUCACCCCAUCAGUGUCCACAAUGAAGAAAUGGCUGGACGCUUGCAGCGCUCAAGGCGGCGGUGAUACUCCGGAAGCGGUGGCAGACGCUUUGCAUGACGUACUCAAACUCAGUUGGCGGGAAAAUGCCACAAAGAUAUGUGUACUUAUAUCUGAUGCCCCGCCCCAUGGUUUGAAUCCAAGUGGGGACCACUUUCCAGAAGGAUGCCCAGCAGGGCUGGAUCCUAUGGUAACAGUGAGGGAACUUGCAGAAAAAGGUGUUACUCUGUACUCAGUGGGUUGUGAGCCAGCUAUUAAUCAAUAUAGAGAUUUCUUCAUGGCGUUGGUCUACAUUACAGGCGGUCAAUACGUUCCUCUAGCGGGAAGCAAAAUGCUUUCACAGGUUAUCAUUGGUGGUGCGAAAGAAGAGAUGUCCCUCGAAAAGUGGAUGGAAGAAGUGAAUGAGGAGGUGAAGAGAGAAAUGGAGGCUGGUAGAGAGAUUAACGACGAAGAGAUGUCUCGGGUGGUACACGCAAAACUGGCGUCAAAGGGAGCUGUUUCUCAUAAAUUAAUGCAAAAUAAAGCAUCAUUAAGACACGACAGCGAAAAUGUUAGAAAAUACUCAGAAAUCACCAAUAUGGCAGACAUACGCAAAAACUAUACACUGGCUGCACAUGCGCCGUCAAUGGCUCGAAGCGAAGAUGUAUACGAAUGUGAAGAAAGUGGACAUUCCAUGUCACAAGCGAUGAGAAUGGUAAAAAAAUCGAAAGCCCGGAUGAUGAAAAAAUUCUGAAGGAACAUCGAUCCCAUUAAACUUUGUAUACACAUGUAUCUUUGUUAGAAAUUGAGCUGAUAUUAUUUACACAUGACGAUUAAACUACAAUAAUUCAUGUACAUUGUAUAUAUAUAUGCAAGUUGUAACCUUGGCUCCUGCACUUUAUAUUAAUGUUGUAUGCAUUCAUGUUUUUUUUAAAUAAGUACAUGCAUUUAUAUUUUGUUUUGUAAUGCACUUUUGCAUUUAUUUUUUAUAAAUAAAUUUAUUUUGAAAUCUGUAUUGAUGUAUAUUCAUGUGUUCGUGAAAGAAUUUAAUUGUACAUUAUGACGUAUUGUCAAUUAACAAUGUUUAUUUUCAUUCUUAUGUAGAUCUAUACGAUAUAUCCCGGUGAGCUGAGAUUUUUACCACAGAGUUACAUCUUGUCUAUAUUUGGAUAAUUCACUUGAAAAAGACGUUAACAGUUAUCUAACAACAAAGCUUAAUAAUAAACGUAAUGUCAUUUUUCAUACUAAUUGUUAAGUCAUUAUUUACACACAGAUUUGACGACGAAUUUUCCGUCAUUUAAACUUAUUUACCGAUCAUGACAAGCUUAAGGAGCACACGGCGAAUAUGACCUGUCGGCAGAGGAUGCUCACUCCUCCAUGGCACCUGAUCCCACCUCUAAUGUUUUGGAGGUCUGUGUUUGCUCCGUUCCUAUUUUGUAUUGUUUUAUGGACUUUUGGGCUUGAAAUACUGUUUGUUAAUAUCUCCAAAUAUAUUUUAUGCACGUGUAUGUUAAAAAAAAGAAAAAUAUUUUACCUGUACCGAGAAUCUUUUUUGUCCAAACAAAAUGAAAUCCUCACUUUUCAUAACUUAAGAAACCAGUUGGCGUCGGGUCAGACAUUACAAUACUUGCAUUCAGAGCAUACUUGUAUAUUUCUUGCAUUAUCAAACAAUAUUAUGUGAUGUAAAUUCUGUUUUGUCAAUAAAACCAAGUUAAUCUUG